GGCUUCAGUUUCAGGGUGUCCGGCGCGGCGGGCGGGCGAGGAGGGUGCAGCGGCCCGAGCUGGGCGGCGCCGGGCUGGAGGAGGAGAAAGCGGAGGAUGGGCUGCGGACCCAGCCGGCCGAGCUGCUGGCAGCGCCCGCGGGACGUACGGAAGCGGCACCGAGAACAAGAGCAGCCACCUAAGCCAGAGCCACAGGAGCUGGGGCCCCUUAAUAAGGACACAGCCACUCCUCUCCAGUCCAGCGCACCCGAUGAGGCGGAGCAGCACCAGGCAGGCCUGGCCAGGCUGCUGCAGCAGCAGGCAGAGCAGGAGAGGUGGGCACGGCAGGUGGAGAAGGCUCGGGAACUGGAGCUCCAGGAGAGACUGGAGCAGCAGCGCAGUGCCCUGGAGGGACAGCGAGAGGAGGCCCUGCGAGUCCUCCGGGCAUCACAUGAGCAGGAGAAAGAGGCCCUUACCCGCUCCUUCCAGGAGGCUGAAGCUGCCCUUCAGGACACCAUAGCAGUGCUGACCUCCCAGCUGGAGGCCUUCCAGGCCAAGAUAAGGAGGGUGGAGGAGUCCAUUCUGACCCGAAACUACAAGAAGCACAUCCAGGACCAUGGGAGCCCCAGCCAGUUCUGGGAGCAGGAGCUGGAGAGCCUGCAUUUUGUCAUCGAGAUGAAGAGUGAGCAAAUUCGUGAGCUGGACAAGCGGCUGAUCCUCAUGGAAACUGUGAAAGAAAAAAAUCUGCUGUUAGAGGAAAAAAUCACAACCCUGCAACAGGAGAAUGAGGACCUUCACGUCCGCGCCCGGAACCAGGUGGUGGUGUCCAGGCAACUCUCAGAGGACCUGCUUCUGGCCCGUGAGGCCCUGGAGAAGGAGUCGCAGAGACGGCGGCAGCUGCAGCAGGAGAAGGAGGAGCUGCUGUACCGGGUCCUUGGGGCCGACGCCUCGGCCACCUUCCCACUGGCCCCUGUCACCCCCACCGAGGUCUCCUUCCUGGCCACAUAGGGAGCAGCAGGGCCCGGCCCACCGAGAGGCCUGUGGUCACUACUCCCACCAAGGCUCUCCAGGGAAGGCAGAUGAGCCUCUUGGCUCUCUUCCCAGGAAGGCACAGGGCAGGGGUGAGCUGGGGAGUCAGUGCGUACUCCAUGAGCCCUGGAACUGCAGUCAUGAGGAUCACCCUGUGGGCUUUGCGGGCCCUGGGAACAUAUAUGAGGAGCCCCUCCCACAUCUUCUGUCACCCAAAUAGAGGAAACAGGCUUUUCCUGGGGCUACCUGGGCUGGAGCCAGCCCUGGCCCUAGCAUGUGGCUCUUCUGCCAGCUCAGUUCUAUCCUGGUCUUUCUCAGCCUCAGUUUACCUUGCUAUGAGCUGGCUAUGGUCACUGUUGGGUGUCCUGUUCGGAGCCUGGCUGAAGGUUAGACAUGACCUGUGACUCAGACCGGGCUGGGGAGUGGCCAGGCCAGUGCUCCUGGUCCUUUAGUCCCAGUGCCACUUAGGCCAGAGGCCACAUUAGGGGUCCAAGACCCCUCAGCAGGUGGAGUGGGAACCUGAUCCCUGGACGGAGGAGGAAGCUGGAGGAGGGAGCAGACCGCAGAGUCAGGGCAGCCAUGCCCGGCUGCUCUUUCCCCUCUCCUGACCUCUGGGGGCACCAGUCUAUGACAUGGCCCUUCCCUGCCUAGCCUCCUCCCAGCCCUCUCUCCUGCCAUCUGCCCUCACUUCUCCCGUCCAGGGCUCACAUGGCCCUGAGCUUCCCCAUCCGUGAAGAAUGGGUAGCUGCUAUCCAGGCAUGGUGGUGCAUGCCUAUAAUCUCCACACUCUGGGAAGCUGAGGCAGGAGGAUUGCAAA